AGAAGGGAAGAUCAGAAGAGGAGCCAAGGGCCGGUCCUUGGUCUUUACCUCAAGGCUGAAGCUUUUGUAGUGAAAUUGUUAUCCACUGAUAAAAGAAGGGCCAUCAAAGCCUAACAAAGUUCCCUUUCUAAAACCCCAAUUAAUUCUCCUACCAAAGAUUUUCUCUUUAUCUUUUUAUCCAUUCUAUUUUAUCUGAAUUCAAUUUGAAGAACCAGAAGCAUAAAGUUUUUUCCUUCUCUUUUCAUUUUUCCUUCCUCUCUGUGGCCAUAUAUUAUCAUCCACAGCUCAAAGAAAAUUGUGCUUUGGUGAGUUCAUGAAUUCAUGUAGUCAGGUGUUGUUCAGUAAAUGAGUGGGUGCUAAAGCGAAGAAAAUGGCGUUAGUGACCCAUCAAAUGAAGAGUUCUCAUGUACCAUUUCCAGUGAGGCCUUCAUUAUGGAGCAGAGGGUUCAAGUUGAAGCAACAUGUAGCAACACGCCACUUGUUUGGAAGAACAGAUCGGCAUUUCCCAAUAAAGUAUAAUCUUUGUUCAAGUGUAGGGGCUUCUGUUCAUGGACCCAAAGUGAAACUUUUGAAAAUUUCGGCCUUUAAAGGCGGUGCACGAAAUGAAGAAUGUGGAAACCAAGCAAAUGGAUCCAGGAUUGCCAAUAAUUCUGUUAAACUUUCUUAUUUACCAAAAGAAAGUGGGGAGACCAUAAUGGAAUCUCCGAAGGUUCACAGUUUUCCAGCUUCCUAUACCUCUGAUGGAAAUGGGGGAAUUGCAGGAUCUCCUGCUAUUCAUAAAUUAUUCAAGAAAUGGUUGAACAUGUUGCGCACAGAGUCACCAGGUCAAGUAACAGAAGAAAUUUUGGGAGAAGGACCACCUUCAAGUGAAGAAUUACUGCAAACUCAGAGUAUUGCUCAAACCAAGGGACACGAGAUUCUAAGGGCAGUUUGUUUUCACUUCUUGGGACUAGAUGCAACAAUAAAGAUACCCUUACUGAUUUUCAUCCCCCUGUACCUUGCAGUGAAUGUCAUUUAUGGGGUUGAUGUGUCAAAGGAGUUGACUCCUCUGUGGAUUUUGGGGCCACUAAUUGUUGCAUUCUACAUCAAGAUGUUCCGAGUUUUGUGGGCUCUCUAUGUCUUCAGCUUUAAGCAGACGGUUAAGCUAAUCAAGAAUUUACCUACUUACUAUGCGGUGUAUAUUUCUCAGGGGAAGCUUAAACAAGCUGUACAAGCUCGUGUGUUCCAGCCUGUUGCGAGUAUUAAGAACCUUGACUACAAAGAGCUAUCAAGGGAAAAGAUGAAAGAGUGGUUCAUGGAUAAGUACCUUGAUUUUGUGGAAUCUAUAUGGCCUUAUUAUUGUAGGACUCUCAGAUUUUUGAAGAGGGCUAAUCUGAUUUAAAUUGGUGAUUUUUAAGUUUUAGGUGAGGGUAAAGUGUUCAGGUUAGUUUAUACAAGAAAAUGUUGGAGGAGUUCGAGAUUUUUGAAAUAGAGCUGGCAAACCCCAUUUUAGACUGGGAUUCUUCUCAUGCGUUCAGCAAGUGGAGGAUCACAACAAAAGUACAUUUUCAAACUUCUCUUAUUUUGUAGGGCAUUCCUGCGGAAGAUUCCAAUCAUCUUGUUUCUUUUUGUAUUGUGAUCUUUGAGGUUCCAUUAAACCCAUGGAAUUGCAUCAACAUUGUUGAGCUAUAUUAUAUUUGGCUUUCAUUGAUA